AUGAAAAAGCAUUUGGUGAAGAUAGGUGGAGACAUUAAGAAGUUUUCUAGGGUCCCGUAUGAUGUAGAAAAAGAAAUGAAAGGUUUAUUGAAAGAGAUUCAGAAAAGUAAAACUAGUAAAGGGAAAGUAAAUUUCAAUGAAGAGGAUACUGAUGAGAUUGAGGAUGCAUUUGAUGAAGCAAUAGCGCAAGAAGAACAACAAACUACGAGUCAGUUACCAACUAAGAAGGUGAUUGGAGGCAAUCCAAAAAAGAAAGUCAAAACUAUUAUUCCUCCUAUGUUUGCACUAAGAACAACUCCAAAAAGUCAACCAAGUAUGAAAAGGGUGUUUCAAAACAAAGAGGCACUUCAUGAAGUUGAUAAGCGAGUGGCUAGAUGGCUUUUGGAUUGUAGGAUUCUUUUCAAUGCGGUUAUGUCACCCUUUUUUCAAGAUAUGUUGGAUGGUGUUGCUGGCAUCGGGCCUGGUUAUAAAGGUCCUUCUUAUGAUAAGCUGAGGGUUAACUUAUUAGCAGAUCUCAAAAAGGAGUGUCAAAUAGUUAUUGAUAGCUAUAGAUGCUUCAAAUAUGGUAAAAAUGCUUCAAGCUUGUGUGACUUAUUUUUGGAGGUGAUUGAAUGGAUUGGACCUGAUAAUAUUGUUCAUGUAGUGACAGAUAAUGCCACGAAUUAUGUUGCUGCUGAUAUAAGCAGCAUGCCACAUAUUUCUAACCUUACAACACGUGCUUCGAAGAUUAUCGUGUUUGUGUAUAAUCAUACGGUGUUCUUGUCCUGGCUAAGACAAAGAACUGAUUGGAAGGAGAUUGUUCGUCCAGGUGCAACUCGUUUUGCCACUAUCUUCAUCACAUUGAAGAGUAUCUUUGAGCGCAAAUCAGAUUUACAAGCAUUGGUUGUUGAUACACACUUUACCGAACACAAAUUAGGAAGGAGUGCUAAUAGUAGAGCUGUGAGUGCAAUUAUCCUAGACAAUAAAUUUUGGAAUGAUUGUUUUACUGCAUGCAAAAUUGAGAGUCCGUUGAUUAAAUUGCUGAGGUUGGUAGAUGCCGAUGAUAAACCAUCAUUGGGAAUUGUUUAUAAAGGUAUGCUGAGAGAAGCACCUGAUGUCAUGCGAGAUUUACUUGAUCUUGUUACAUUGCAUUGCAAGAUUGAAAGGAAUGCUUUGCUAGGUCUGAAGCUUUUCGAGCUGCAAAAAAACUUCAACCUGAUGAAUGGUGGAGCUUGUUUGGUGGUUCUGCUCCAUGUUUACAAAACAUGGCAGUUUGCAUUCUUAGCUAAGCAUCUGCUUCUUCAAGAUGAGAUUGAUGCUGAUUUAGAUCAAGGUGGUGGUGGUGGUGGUAGUAGUAGUACAUUUUAUGCUGCACCACUUGCUUUUUCUGGUCCAAGUAGUGGAAAUGAAGGUGAUGAUAUCAAUGACGCAAAUCUGCAGCAAGUUAUGGAGGAUGUUGAUGAUUGA